AGACCCAAUGCGGCUGCCGUAGGGCAGGGUAGCAAGAUGGCGGCCUCUGCCUUUGCCGGUACGGUGAGAGCAGCAUCAGGAAUCUUACGGCCCCUGAAUAUUUUGGCGUCUUCAGGCUAUCGAAACUGCACCAGGAAUGCCUGUCUUAGUUCUACACUGUCCACCCGACAUUUUAGUCAUGUGCAGACACCAGUUGUUUCCUCUGCUCCCAGGCUCAUCACAUGUGUCAGAAACCUGACAUGGGGGCAUACGGCAAGAAUCUUCAAUAGAGUGGUCCCCUUGCUGCCAAAUAUCCUGAAGCUACCAGUCAGAACUGUAACAUACUUCAGUUCACGAAAAGGCAAGAGAAAGACUGUGAAAGCUGUCAUCUAUAGGUUUCUUCGACUUCAUUCUGGCCUUUGGCUAAGGAGGAAGGCUGGUUAUAAGAAAAAAUUGUGGAAAAAGACGACUGCAAGAAAAAGACGCUUGAGGGAAUUUGUGUUCUGCAAUAAAACCCAGAGUAAGCUCUUAGAUAAAAUGACAACAUCUUUCUGGAAGAGGCGAAACUGGUACGCUGAUGAUCCUUAUCAGAAGUAUCAUGAUCGAACAAACCUGAAAGUAUAGAUCAGAACUUUUAUGAUUUCCGUUACUGAAUAUGUAUCUUUGUGUAUAUGAUGUCUUUGCAAAAAUGAAAUAGUAUAAAACUUGAUGUAAAUUGUACCCACUGAUACGGAAACAUACAGUACCAACAUUAAAGUUUUAAAACUUAAUGGAUUAAACAUUCCCAGAUUUGUUCAGGGAAAUAGAAGUUUAAAAUUGUAGAUUAUUUUUAACAAAUGGUAAUGGCUUAACUACUUGUUCCAAUUAGGCUUAUUUAGUUGCAAGGAAUCUCAAGUUAGGACAGAUAUAAAAGACUGUAUCACUAACAAGUUAGCUCAAGCAGUGUAACAUUAUUUUAAGCAUAUGUGCCUGGGAACUCAGGAACCACCUCACCACCCCCAUGUCCCACCCAGAACUAACCCCCUGGCCUCAGGAAGAGCAGAAGUUAUAUGGUGAGCCUAGAUCUGAGGCACCUCCAGGGGCCUCAGCAGCAGGAAAUGGUGGGUCUUUAUGCUUGAGGUGUGCCAUGCACAUGGCUCAGUUCUUUUUACAUUGCUGGCUCCAUUCUCUCUCUACUCACCAACUUCUCUGAUUCACAGCUUUGCUUACUCUUGAUUUCUGCUGCCUCAUAAUAACUCUAGCUUGCACCUUUGAGGUUCUUUUCUACAUCAUGACCCUUUGCUCCUAUCUCCAAUCUCUAAUUGCCAAGAGACUGUAACUGGGCCAGCUUACCUUUUUAUACCAGGUCUCAUCAGGGGUCACUGACCAGUGUAGAAAUUGGCUCUUCUUAGGUCAGAAGCCCACCCUGGCCUACUUGGUUGUAUUACCAGGUUUGUGUGGAACAAAAAAUAGUUAUGUGAGCAGUUUCACUUAGAGGUGAGCAUGGGGUGGCAACACACAUCUAGUUAUCCAAGGUUCAUUGUGUUCAUAACAGUUCUCACUUAGUUUUUUAGAAUAGGCUUUUUUAUAGAGAGAAGAGUAAAUGAAAUAGCGUUUCAUGAAGUAUGCGCAUUCAUGACACAGAAGAGGCUAUACAAAUGAAGACAAACUUUUUACCCAAGAGUUGAAAGAUACUGUAUUUUUUUAAAGUUUGUUUAUCCUCUUGAGAUUUCAUAUUUUUAAUUGUGAGGGUAAACUUCUUCCAAAAUUUUCCAAAGACAACAUUGUAGAAACUACAGAAGAAAAAGUCACCUCAAUCAUUUGAGAAAUGAUGUGAGUUAAGCAUUGUUCGCUUGAAGAGGGACAGGUAAGAGGCACUGAGGAAAAUUCAGUUGACUAAGUGAUUCUAGUCUAGGGUAGUGGUUCUCAGCUCUCCCACCAGAAUUAUCUGGGAAGCAUUUUCAAAUAACAGAGCACUUUGCCUGGUUGAAAAACCACCAUUAAGUAAAAUUAUACCUCAACUACUGCUUCAAAUCCUUUAAUAUAAUAGUUGAUGAUGAUAAGAUGAAGUUCCUCUAUUGUUAAUAGAAUAAGAUAAAAGAUAACCAAAGUGAAAUUCUGUGGCUUGUCAACUAGGAUUGUUUGAGGAAUUCCUUGAAACGAGUGUGUGUUCAUUAAAAGGAAAAGGGGUGACAAUAGAGUGUUCUAAAACUAGAAGGUCAAGUGUGUUCCUGUUUAUGGGACCGAUUAAUAAAGAACAGACAUUUGAUUUGAGAUGCAGUAAGAGCCUAAAGCAUGGAAUGGCAUUCUGUUUUGAUGGGUUUUCAUUUCCUCAUACUUCUGAGAUGGCAGAAGCCAACCAGUUAUUAGGCUUCCACAUCAUUUCUCACCUGUGUGGCUCUUGCCCUCUCUCACUGACCCCUGGUAGCAGAUGGAACUGAUGCCUGAAGAAGUUGAGGAGGAAGACACUUUCCCACUGCCUUCAUGACUUCUCUAGUGCAAAUAUGGACAACAAGGGUCUCUGUGACAGGGGCCUCAGGCACCUUGGUUUCUCCUCUAGGCCAGGGACAGGUGAGGUAGAAACAAGGACCAGCAACCAGGCCUUGGCAACCAGAGCUGGACUGCAGUGGAAGGGCUGACGGGUACAUGAGUUAGGGGAAAGGGAAUUUUCAUUUACAUGAUUUUUGUUUUGUGGGUAGCAAGGCUUAUCAUCAACACUGAUAUUACAGUUUGACAACAAAACAUCUUUCAUUAAAUUAAAGGGUCUACCCAAAUGACACUCAGGUAUAUGUAAAAGUAUAAUAAGUUAUUAAACACCUACUAUGCCCAGCAUGGGGAUGAGCAUGUCUGUACAAAACUGCUAAUCCUCAUACUAACCUUGCAAAGGAGAUAUUAUUUAUCCCUAGUUUAGAUUUGAGGAAACUAAGGCUUAUAGAAGGUUAAGUAAACCUUAUAUAGCUAACAAGUCACAGAACCCACGUCUGAAACCUUGGAAACCUGUGUAUUUCUCUGAAUCUUCUAACAAUAUAUGAAAAUUCAUAUCUAAAUCAACAAGUGACUGUAACCCAGCACUAUAAAUACUAAAUACUUCUGAACACUGUACCAAGUCCGCUUUUAAAUUUUAUAACUUUGCUUUUCUGUUAUUUGUCAGCUCUUAACCCGGUUAAUCUCAGUUCUGUUGACAUUAAACUUGGCUCAGUAAAUGAAUAAAUUAAUGGAUUUUCAGCCUUU